AUGGAGGGUCUCUCAUCUGACAAGGUGACCAUCAAAAAUCCAGCAGACAUCGCCAUCAUUGUUGGAUAUUUCAUCGUGGUUAUAAGUGUUGGCAUUUGGUCCAUGUUUCGGACCAACCGUGGGACAGUUGGAGGAUAUUUCCUGGCGGGACGCACCAUGACCUGGUGGCCGGUUGGUGCGUCUCUGUUUGCCAGCAACAUCGGCAGUGGUCACUUUGUGGGUCUGGCCGGCACCGGGGCAGCCAGCGGCAUCGCUGUAGGAGGGUUUGAGUGGAACGCUCUGUUCAUCGUGCUGCUGCUGGGCUGGCUGUUUGUACCGGUCUACCUCACAGCGGGGGUGAUCACGAUGCCACAGUACCUGAAGAAGAGGUUUGGAGGGACCAGAAUCAGCCUCUACCUGUCUGUUAUCUCACUGUUCCUGUACAUUUUCACCAAGAUAUCAGUGGAUAUGUUUUCCGGAGCUGUGUUUAUCCAGCAGGCGUUGGGGUGGAACAUCUACGUGGCCGUCAUCGCGCUCCUGUUGAUAACAGCUCUGUACACCGUUACGGGUGGCCUGGCGGCUCUGAUGUACACUGACACAGUCCAGACCUUCGUCAUCAUCGCUGGCGCCUUCGUCCUCACCGGUUUCUCCUUUGCAGAAGUAGGAGGCUACAGUGCUCUGCUCGCCAAAUACAGUUCUGCUAUACCGAGUAACUUCACCUCCCUGCACCCCCAGCGCUACAACAUCUCCCCCCACUGCUACUACCCCAGACAGGACGCCUUCAGCCUGCUGAGGGACGCCACCACGGGGGACCUGCCCUGGCCCGGGGUGCUGUUUGGGAUCGCAAUAGUGGGAGGCUGGUACUGGUGUACGGACCAGGUGAUUGUCCAGCGGUGCCUUGCAGCUCGCAGCCUCACCCACGUCAAGGCCGGCUGCAUCAUGUGUGGAUACCUCAAACUGCUGCCCAUGUUCCUCAUGGUGUUCCCCGGCAUGAUCAGCAGAGUGCUCUACCCCGAUGAGGUUGGCUGCGUGGUGCCUGAGGACUGUAAGAGGGUGUGCGGGACGGAGGUGGGCUGCUCCAACAUCGCGUACCCUAAACUGGUGGUGUCCAUCAUGCCCAACGGUUUGCGAGGGCUGAUGUUGGCCGUGAUGCUGGCUGCUCUCAUGUCCUCUCUGGCCUCCAUCUUCAACAGCAGCAGCACUCUGUUCACCAUGGACAUCUGGACUCGCAUCCGACCGCAGGCCACCGAGCGCGAGCUCAUCAUCGUAGGCAGAGUCUGGGUUCUGCUCAUCGUAGCCGUCAGUAUCUGCUGGAUCCCAGUGGUCCAGGCGGCUCAGAGCGGUCAGCUGUUCGACUACAUCCAGUCAGUGUCCAGCUAUCUGGCGCCCCCUAUCGCCUCCGUCUUCCUGCUCGCUGUGUUUGUGAAGAGGGUGAAUGAGACGGGAGCUUUCUGGGGCCUGAUAGGCGGUCUGCUGAUGGGUCUGUGUCGGAUGGUGCCCGAGUUCUGGUUCGGUACUGGCAGCUGCAUUUUCCCCUCUCACUGCCCUUUCUUGGUGUGUGGGAUCCAUUACCUCCACUUCGCCAUCAUACUGUUCUUCUGUACGUCGGUGCUGGUGCUGCUGGUCAGCUACUGCACUGAGCCCAUCGAGGACCAACAUCUCCAUCGUCUGGUGUUCAGCCUUCGUCACUCCAAAGAGGAGAGGAAAGAUUUGGACUGGGAGCAAGAGGAAACAGGGAGGAGAGCCAGGAGAGAGGCUGAGGAGAGGAUGAGGGAGAAUCACAGCAGUGAUGCAGUGGCCGAACAGGAAGUGAAGUCUGGUAUCCGUCGCCUGAUUGGCCGCUUCUGUGGUCAGGACGACAACGCUGUGGCCCCCGAUCAGGAAGUUCCAGAAGCACCGGAGCAGAUGCCUGACAUCAGAGAGGACCCGGUGUGGAUGUACGCUGUGGAUUCUAACGCCAUCAUCAUGAUGGCGGUGGCAGUGUUUAUGUGGGGCUACUUUGCUUGACGGAGUCCUCUUAGUCUUCUGAACUGGAGCUGGAAAUGAAAUUUAGAUCUUGAUGUGAUAAAGUUGAAUCACUCAGUUGAUGAUACAGUAUUUGAAAGGAGACAAAUUAAACCAACGUCCCUAAUAUUGAACUUUUAUUAAAUUUUCUGUGUGAUUAUGCAAAUUAAAUAUUAUCUCUCAAAAUAUUCCCUCAUUUGCAUCCAUUUCCAGAACAGCAAUCUGGACCUGAGAUAAAGCCAGCUUCAAAACUCUCAUUUCAGUUUGUGGAGAUGUUUGAGCAAAGGUUUUUACUGAGGAGAUUUUGGAUUUGUCUUUUUAUUAAUCAAUAAACUAGAAAAUACUGGAGAAAAAAAAAAUCUAUUGUUGCCAUUUUUUUUUUAAAUUUAGAAAAAAAAGGUCUAUAAAUAUAGACAAGAAUAAAACUGGAAGGUUUAAAUAUAUAAGUGCG